CAGUAUAGAUAGUCGCUCGGCGUCCGCGCGCCCUUCCAGCAUGGUUUUUGGCGUAGCUAACCUUCCCGAGUCCUUCGCCGGCCUGUUAGGUUCCUCCACACAGCCCAGAAGGCCUUCAGUCAAAUGGGAUUUGGGCUCGAAUUUCGACUCUGUUGCCAAGGAGCCCACUGCCUCUGGCACGGACUUCCGGCGCGAGAGACUUGACAGCCAGCCGGAUCUCGGCCCCCGCGUCCAACCACAGAUCUACUUCCUGCGGCCGCGGCCGGCAAUUCCGAAGUUGUUGUUCAGCAUAUUGAAUUCCAGCGAUGCCAAUGUGAAGAAGCUUUUACCCAAGAGCCAUCUGUCUCGGGUGAUUAUUCGGGACAACCUCAAUGCACAGCGCAUCUACGAGAUGGAGAUGAAAGCUUCGGACAAGACCAAGAGAAAAAUGAGCCAUUUGUACGACCACCUGAAAAAGAAGUUCAUGACAGACCAGCUGAGGAAGAUGCUGCGUUGGAGGCGGGAGUCUCUGAGCACCCAGCAGUACUUGAAUAGGCAGCGGGUAGGCUCCACUUAGAUGGCAAGCCAGCCACCGUAGCAGUGGCAGAACGAUCUGCCCCGGAACACAAAACCACCCUGGUGAGAGCUGAGGGGCUGGAACUUGCUGUUCCUCCACCACUGUAGAGCAAUAAAGGGUUAGCAGCGGAUAGGACGAGAGCGCAAGUCCUCGGUUCCAGUCUGCUUUGCUCCACCAUCCCCUCCAUCCCAGUGAAAGACCUGCAGCCACCAAUGCUUGGUGGAAGAGGCGGAGUCAAGCCAGUAUUCCUGGUUUGUGCAAACAGGGAAACUUUUGCACCCACAUUUGCUUUCUCUUUUUCCCACUUCUUCUUUCCCUCCACCGUCCCCACUCCCUCCGUCUCCUUCAUGUCUACCCUUCCUUCCUUUCUUCCUCAUUUUGGUCUGGAGACAGCUCAGGGCUUACAUAUUCACAGGGAACAUGCUCUCCCCAGUCCCGGUGCACACAUCCCUGGUGACACAUCUGCCAGCUGUGCUGCGGCUGUUGACAUCUUAGAGGGAAAGGACUGAGCAAUGCCACUGUGCAACAUUCCAGUGGUAAGGAGGUCAGGGUGAGGCACCAAGUGGUGUUGUUUCUGCCACCUACCAGCUUGUAUGACCUUGGGACCUCUCUGGGCCCCUGUUUCCUCCUCUGAAAGAAUCAGGCAGGCAGUGAAAAGAUAACCUGCUUCAAGGAGCUGGCAGAGGGCAAGCGGCUGGCCUGGAGCUCAUCCUUUCCAACUGCUGUAACAAUGGCGAUACCCAUGGGCUCCCAGCCCUCCUGGUGCUUCUGCAAGACACCCUCAGACAUCUCAGACAUCCUGCUUCCUGUCUGCCCCUUCCCAGAGCCUGCUCAAGUCCCAUGCUUGCUUUUCUCAUUGACCUUGGGUUCCCAUGGGGGCUUCAUUCUGCCUGCAGUGUAGCACAGGUCUUGGUCCUUAGCCCUGGAUUAGAUUGUUUACCUUGAGAGCUGGAAGUAAGACCCCUCUCAGAUUUGAUACAGGUCUGUUUUGGACGCUUCUCCAACCAGCCCUGACGAUAGGCCACUCUUGUACCCAGAACCCACACCUGUGUCUGUGCCAAGUGUUUGACUGGCUCUGACUUGUUCACACACUUUUCUUCCUGGUCAGGCUGUGACACUGACGUCUCUAAUCACAGAUCUAGGAAAGGGAACAGGUAUUUGCUUUUAUUUUAUCCUAGAGAAUUUCAU